UUGGUUGGCGCUGGGACGGCGGGCGGUGGAGGAGCCUGGCUAGUCUGGGUUUCAAACCGGUGCUGGGCUGUCUCCGUCCAUGUUUUGAGGCCGUUGGGGGCUGCGGAGGGCGGGGAGUCGGCUCAGUGGAAACCUGGAUUUGGUUCUAAGAGCCGUGGAAUUGAGAAGAAGUGACCGGAAGUGAUCUUGGGACUGACCGGAAGCGAGGCCUGGAGAGGAAAAGGAGAGUGGUUCCCGGGAGGGAGGGGAUUUUCAGCGGAAAGGGGCGGGGGAAAGGUGCUAAAGCGGCGUGGGAGUGCCGGCUAGGCAGCGGGUCGCUGCUGCUGAUUUGUUUGGAAAACAGCGAGUGACCACCGCGAGCUCAAGGGGAGAUCUCAAAAAGAGUGCAAGGAGUCCAGGGUUACCUCUGGACAGUCUGGAAGAGUUAAGCCAAAGGGCCCUCGUGCUCUAGAGACCUGGGUGCGGGGGAGGGAUUUUGGAAGUCGGGGCAGCCGAGAGCCAGGAGCCAAGGGUACGGGAGAUUAGUUGUGUGGGCAGUGUGGGUGGGGCUUGGGGGUGGCUUGGUGGGUGCUGCGUGGGAGAUCUUGGUUUGGAGUUUUCCACAGUCUUGCAGUCUUGCCCCGGUUGGGUAGAAUCACGCUACUCGCCUUUGUACAAGAAACUGUCUCCUGGGGCAAGGAAGGAGCCAGAAUGGCCUGGGCUCUGAAGCUGCCUCUGGCCGAUGAGGUGAUUGAAUCCGGGCUGGUGCAGGACUUUGAUGCUAGUCUAUCCGGGAUCGGCCAGGAACUGGGUGCUGGUGCCUAUAGCAUGAGUGAUGUCCUUGCACUGCCCAUUUUCAAGCAAGAAGAAUCAAGUUUGCCUCCAGAUAAUGAGAAUAAAAUCCUCCCUUUUCAAUACGUGCUUUGUGCUGCCACUUCUCCAGCGGUGAAACUCCAUGAUGAAACUCUGACAUAUCUCAAUCAAGGACAGUCUUAUGAAAUCCGAAUGCUAGACAAUAGGAAACUUGGAGAACUUCCAGAAAUUAAUGGCAAGUUGGUGAAGAGUAUAUUCCGGGUUGUGUUCCACGACAGACGGCUACAGUACACCGAACAUCAGCAGCUAGAGGGCUGGAGGUGGAACCGACCUGGAGAUAGAAUUCUUGACAUAGAUAUCCCAAUGUCUGUGGGUAUAAUCGAUCCUAGGGCUAACCCAAACCAACUAAACACAGUGGAGUUCCUGUGGGACCCUGCGAAAAGGACGUCUGUGUUUAUUCAGGUGCAUUGUAUUAGCACAGAGUUCACCAUGAGGAAACAUGGUGGUGAGAAGGGAGUGCCAUUUCGAGUACAAAUUGAUACCUUCAAGGAGAAUGAGAACGGGGAGUAUACUGAGCACUUACACUCAGCCAGCUGCCAGAUCAAAGUCUUCAAGCCCAAAGGUGCAGACCGAAAACAAAAAACAGAUAGGGAGAAAAUGGAGAAACGAACACCUCAUGAGAAGGAGAAAUACCAACCUUCCUAUGAGACGACUAUACUCACAGAGUGUUCUCCGUGGCCUGAGAUCACAUAUGUCAAUAAUUCCCCAUCACCUGGCUUCAACAGUUCCCAUAGCAGUUUUUCUCUUGGUGAAGGAAAUGGUUCACCAAACCACCAGCCAGAGCCACCCCCUCCAGUCACAGAUAACCUCUUGCCAACAACCACACCUCAGGAGGCUCAGCAGUGGUUGCAUCGAAACCGUUUCUCCACGUUCACGAGGCUUUUUACAAACUUCUCAGGAGCAGAUUUAUUGAAACUAACUAGAGAUGAUGUGAUUCAAAUCUGUGGCCCUGCAGAUGGAAUCAGACUUUUUAAUGCAUUAAAAGGCCGGAUGGUGCGCCCAAGGCUAACCAUUUAUGUUUGUCAGGAAUCCUUGCAGCUAAGGGAGCAGCAGCAACAGCAGCAGAAUCAGCAGAAGCAUGAGGAUGGAGACUCAAAUGGUACUUUCUUCGUUUACCAUGCCAUCUACCUAGAAGAACUGACAGCUGUUGAACUGACAGAAAAAAUUGCUCAGCUUUUCAGCAUUUCCCCUUGCCAGAUCAGCCAGAUCUACAAGCAGGGGCCAACAGGCAUCCAUGUGCUCAUUAGCGAUGAGAUGAUACAGAACUUUCAGGAAGAAGCCUGUUUUAUUCUGGACACAAUGAAAGAAACCAAUGAUAGCUAUCAUAUCAUACUGAAGUAGAUGUGGCUGCUGCUUCGUUCACCUAUGGGAAAUUCUCCUCUUGGAGGGGAUCACAAAUGGAGAUUUGAACGGCUGUAGCAACCUGACCUGUCUGACUAUGUGGGGGAGUCAGAGGCAGAGGCAGAACCCCAGCCAUCUAUGUUGGGGCACACAUGGAUUUCUGCCUGACAUGCAUUUCUACAACUGUUUCUUAGUUAACAUUUCUGGAUUCUAUUGUUGUUGAAUAUCAAUAGAAACUCCACAUCAUUUAGGGUGUGUGUGUAGGGCAUAAUGAUGAUGAGAAUUGUGUGAUGUUUAAUGGAAAGAUGUUAAAUUUUGUGGUAUGCAGCCCAUGUAAUUUUUUUUCCUAACAUAAAAGCAAACAUCUAUAUUCCAUAAGACUAGAUCCUCAAUCUUUUAUGCCUGUGAAAACUUCAUCAAAGAAGAGAAAUGUGGAGAAAGAACAAAAUUCUUCUUUUAAUUACCCCAUCAUUCGAUGACAAAUAGUAAUUUUGGCUAACAUUUAUUGCACAUUUAGUUGUGCCAGGCAGUGUGAUAAGUUCUUUAAAUGGAUUAUCUUGUUUAAAUCCUCUUAAUAACCCCGUAUGAAGUAGGUAAUGAUGAUCCCUAAUUGAAGAUAAGGAAAUGGAGACACAGAGUGGCUGAGGAGCUUGCUGAGUAACAGGCAGCUGGUAGAUAGUGACAUGAAGGGCAGACCCAGGCGGGCUGGCUCGUGUUCACUGCUGUCCAUGACUGCCCCCUCACAGUCCUCUGUGCAUGCCAUCAUUUCUUACUGUGGCUCCCCUGGUGAAUCACAUGUAACAGUGAGCAAGAACUGACGGAUUAACACCCAAAGGGACAAACCACACUUAAAUAAUGAUGAACCAAUCAAGAGCUACAAAAAAUGAAAACACAGACACUUUCAAAGCAUCAUUAGUUGUCAGAUUCACAGAAUUUAAGGCAGUGAAAACCAGGGAUUAUCUGUUAUUCCCCACAUUCACUAUUCUUGAAUGACCUCAAACUAUUUAUUAAUGAGUUAGACUAACCCCUGCUUUCUCUUUCCCCUCUGCCUCUUGUCUUGGGAUAGGAAGUUCUCUUACUCAUGUAGCGUUCUUUUAUAUAAGCUUUACAAUUCAUUCCCACCCUAUUCCCAUUCUUCCCAUAUACUUUAGUUCUUCUGAUUGUAAUUGUGUGCGCUUGUGUGUGUGCAUGUGUAAGACUGUGGGUCAUUUUUUCACAUGUAAAGUUUUAUCCAGAAACCCCUCUACAUGUUAUGCUGAGGUGAAAAACAAUAAUGUUCAAAAGAUUCUGUAUUGGAUUUGGAUCUGUGUGUGUGUGUGUGUAUUUUUAAGCAUUUGAUAAAGUUUAAAUGUUUUUAUACAGAGAUUUUUGUUGUUGUUCAUUAAAAUCAACCUGCCAAAUGG